CUUCUCCUUCAUCUUCAUCUUCUUUUCCCUAUAAUUUCGAUUUCGUCACCUUCUCUAGCUGAACCACGAUAUGGGUCUGUAAGAAAAGAAGGAAAUAAGUGGGCAUAAACGAAAUGCAGAUGAUUGCGACAGGGAAUUGGUCGGUUAUAGGUUCUAAGAACUUUCGGGCAUCGUAUUUCGGCUUCUCGAGGCUUGCGGCGGCGGUUAAUAGUUCCGUGGUCUGUAAGAGCUUGGGGAUUGGCUGCGCGGAUGUAAGAUCAAUAUUUCUCUGUCCGAUUAGGGUAAUGGAGGUUUCUAAAACUUUAUGCGUGAACGAGGAAGCAGCAGACGACUGUUUUCCAUGUUUAAGCCAUUCAGAUGAUAAGUUAUUGGGGAAUGAUCCUGAUUACGGUAACAAUAAUGGGUGUGUGUCUACAAAUAUUGUUUGGCACAAAUGUUCUGUUGAAAAAGUUGACAGGCAAGAAUUGCUUAAGCAGAAGGGUUGUGUCAUCUGGAUCACCGGUCUCAGUGGUUCAGGAAAGAGCACAGUUGCAUGUGCCAUAAGUCGUGGAUUGCACGCCAGAGGGAAGUUAACAUAUGUACUUGAUGGUGAUAAUGUCCGUCAUGGUCUAAACCGUGAUCUUAGUUUCAAAGUAGAGGAUCGUGCAGAAAAUAUACGAAGAAUCGGAGAGGUGGCAAAGCUUUUUGCUGAUUCAGGAGUUAUUUGUAUUGCUAGUUUAAUUUCUCCUUACAUUAAGGACCGAGAUGCUUGUCGUUCACUGCUCCCACAAGGAGAUUUCGUCGAGGUGUUUAUCGAUGUUCCUCUACCAAUAUGUGAAGCUCGAGACCCGAAAGGCUUGUACAAACUUGCAAGAUCUGGGAAAAUAAAAGGUUUCACGGGUAUCGAUGAUCCAUAUGAGCGACCUGUAAACUGUGAGAUAACUUUAGUCCCCAAGACUGAUGGGGUUUGCGAUUCGCCGGAUGAUAUGGCUGGAAAGGUAAUAUCUUAUCUGGAGGAAAAAGGGUAUCUUCAAGCAUGAUCGAACUCGAGGUUUAAAUUCCAUUGGAAAGUUCUAACAUCAUAAUUGGCUCUGCACAUAAUUGCAAAUGCCGAAAAUCUUAAAACAGGAAACUAGUCGUUUCCUGUUCUAAUAGAUUGGUUGGUCAAUUGGUCUGUAUUUGGUGUAUGAUUUGUAAAUACAAGUAUGCUCUCCCUUAGCAUGCUAGUAUCUUUAUUCGUUGCAGUUUUUUCUUCUUUUUUCCAUGUGUGUUGUUUAGAUUUAUGAAGACUGUGUUGGCUGGUUUCUCAUUGACACUGAUUUGAUGUGUUUGUUCUGGAUGUGGUUGAUCUUUAUGCAUUUUAAUUAAUAUUAGAACAAUUUGCUAUAUGAAAAAGAAAAUUUGUGAGAAAGAACUUUUAACUUGUUCAAAGUUUAUGGUAAUCUAUCUUCUUUGGAAACA